GCCGUCCCUGGCUGGUGGCUCUACUGCCCUCUGGCCAAGCGGAAGAGCGGACCCAGUGUGGGCAAAGAGGAGCAUACCACAAGAAUACAACCCUCUUCUAGACCAAGUAUAUCGAGAAGCGAGACCGGGGCUAACAAAGUUAGUUCUGUGCUAAGAAACACGUGGGGUGAAUAA